UCCCAUGUCAAAUCUAAUUACAAGCACUCAAGACUGUGACUACCAGUUUGACAACAAGGGAAAGCACAUCUUGACAGCCAUAUGCACAGAAAAACACAUCUACCAGCCCUUCUCCAAUGAGGACGAUGGGAUAUCAUCUGCGGUGAGCCAGGAGCUCAGCUUUCAAAGCUCCAAGAGGAUCAGCAACAGAGCAUUUGAAGUGAACCCUAGUGAGAGCAAGCCUCUCCACUUUGAAGACCCUGAUGAUAAAGCUCCAGUCCAGACCAAGGACACUGCUCUGAGCACACUGCGGGACCUUGUGGAUUUAGCAGGCACAGACCUGGGAGAGAAGAGGCCCAGUCUUUUCCAUAAGCUGGUGUCCAGCCUGCGUGUCCUGAGGAAUGAGACCCUGAGCCAGACAGUCACUGAAAUGCUAGAUAUAUCAGGCUGGCUUACCUGGCAGGCUCUGCUCCAGUGUGGGACUCCAGAGUGCACCAGUGCCAUCCUCCAGGGAAUCAGGACUAUUGAUGGGGUGUCACUAGAAGUGGAUGCUCUAGUCUAUGGGCUGAGUCUUCAGGCUAACCCCAAUGCAGCACGUGUCAGAGAUAUGCUCAGCAUGGCUCAAUAUAAACAGAGCAAGGCAAUCAUGUAUGCUCUGGCCAACACAGUCAAGAAGUUCCAUAAAGGAGAGGUUACUCCAGUUGUCACAGAUGUGUCAAAGUUCAUGGAGACACUCCUAAAUGACUGCUCGGGAGAAAUCCUUGAUGAUGACUCUGAAUUUUUCACGGACCCCGAUGAGAUGUCCUUCCUUGUACUGAAGGUCGUUGGUGUCAUGGGCAAAGCCAUGCAAGCUGUCAGCCCCAGCUUGAUUUCCUCCAUUUUGCGAUGUGCUAAGAAAACAGACAUUCCUUUAUCUAACCAAAAGGCAGCUAUACAGGCCUUAAGGUUGAUGGACAUGAAUGAUGAGGUCAGAAGCAUUGUCAUGGAGAUUUACCAGGACACACAGAGCUCUGUUGAAAAACGUAUUGCAGCUUACCUGAUUUUGAUGAAGAACCCACAUCAAGCCCUUAUUAAAGACAUUGUGAACAAUUUGGAGAACGUGGGAGAUGAGCAGCUCAAGAGCUUCCUGGUCUCCCACCUGAACAACAUCCGCAACUCUGAUGAGCCACAGAUGUAUCAACUCAGGGAGUACAUUGAGUUGGCCUUGACAGACCGUCCAUCACCCACAAACAAGGUUUUUGAUGGCAUGUCACACAACUACAAAAUAGACUCUCGCCUGGGCUCAGCACACACCAACAUCAUCUUCGAUGGCAGAGACACUUUACCAAAGGAGGUGAUGCUGGAAACCACACUCAAGGUUUUUGAUUACAACUAUGAAAUCUUUGAGGUUGGUGUUGAGGGAACAGGAUUUGAACCAACCAUUGAUGCUCUUUUUGGAGAGAACGGUUUCUUCCCCGACUCCAUCUCCAAAAUCAUGUACUGGGCUGAGGACAAAGCCCAGGUGCUAGGAGUUGUUUUGGACAGAAUCGCCCCUGACAGAGAUAGAAUGAAAAGACAGGUCCCACAGGAUCUUCUGAAAUAUAUCACAAACAGCCUCCAGAAGCUCAUGAAUGAAGUCCGUUUCUCUCAAGCACCAGAGGCCAUCACCUAUCUCCGGCUUCUGGGAAAUGAGAUAGGAUAUCUGAAGUCCAGUGAAAUGAGAAAGAUGGUUGAAACUCUCAACAUGUACUACCAUGUUUUCUUCAUGUUUCUACCAGCCAAGUUCCUUUCAUCGUUGGUUUCCAGCACUGACAAUGAAGUCUUUGCCCACUAUAUCUUCAUGGAGAAUGCUUUCUCUCUACCUACUGCCUCUGGCUUCCCUCUGAAGUUCUCACUGGCUGGUGUGUUUGCACCUGGUGCCAAAGGAGGCCUGGUUCACUCAGGUCGUGGUGGGACGAAUAAAUUGUCUUUCAUGCCAUCACUUGGGCUAGAAUUCAUCACACAAAUGGGUGUGCACAUUCCAGACUAUGUGGAGGCUGGGCUUGAGAUGCAUACUAAUAUGUACCAUGAGAGUUCCAUCAAUGCUGAGGUCAUUGUGAACAAUAACCAGAUGAGACUGUCCAUACCUGCUCCUAAGUCAAACAUUCAGUUGAUUAGUAUUAGCAACAAGCUGCUGUCAGUCUCCUCUGGUCAAACACAAAUAGUGCCAUCCCUUUUGGAGGACAGGACUGACUCAACUGACUGCCAGCUCUUAUUCAGUGGUUUAAAAUUCUGCAAAAUAAUGCGUUACUCGAAUGCUGCUUCCAUGGAAAAGGCCCCAUAUUUCCCCCUGACUGGAGAAACCAUUUUUGCAGUGGAAAUCCAGCCCACAGGAGAAAUUUCAGAGUACACUGCCACCAUCACUGCUGAGAGACUCAGAGAGGGUAAAAAGGGUCAUCACAAAGUAGACACUCUGAAGCUAACCGUGAAGGCAGAAGGUGAUGAUUCCACAGAAACCACUGCAACUCUGAAAUACAACCGGAAUAAGAACAUUUUCACUACUGAGGUCGUCAUUCCUAACUAUGAUGUGGAAGCAGGCAUCAAGCUGGCAGUAACUGACAAUGAUGCUAAGGGAAAGAAGAUGCGAGGUAUCACCAUUGACAUUACAAACAGGAACAUCCCACAACUGACUCUUGUUGGACGUACAAGGCUUGACAUGAUGAAGGAUGCCAUGCUGCAACUCCAGAUGGUCAUCCCCUCUCUGAAAACAGAUGCGUCUGUCACUGCAACCCUAAAGAGGGAUAAGGAUGUGCUCAUGGACUUAGAGACAAUCAUCACCCUCCCUGAGACAUCGUACCAACAGAGAGCUUUACUCAGAUACGAUGAUGACAAGUUUGAAGUGGAACUGAAAUCCAACGUGAAUUCUGAGAUUCACAAAUUGAUCCCAGAUGUGGGAAAUUAUCAUGAGCUGCUGCAGCGGCUCAUUGAUGAUGUCCUGGACCAGAAAGUGGCAAAGUCUGAUAUGAAACUCCGUCAUAUAGUCAACAAAGGAAUUGAGGCAGGUAACAUAUGGCUGGACAAAUUAACAGCACGCAUUCCCUACCUUGAAAACCUGCGAAGUAAAAGGAGUAUCUCAGAUCUCACUUUGCCUGCUAUGCCUGAGAAACUGUUUCUACAGUCUGACAGCUUGUUCCGUUACCAGUUCAACAAGGACAAGAUGGCCAUCUCACUUUCUCUUCCAUUUGGAGGCAAAAAGUCAGAGGAACUUAACAUUCCAACCACUUUAUCUAUUCCCCUCAUAGAUUUACAAAUGAUAGGCCUACAUAUCCCCAUCAAAACCUAUCCAUUACCAUCAUUUACUAUACCAGCUUCUUUGGAUUUCACUGUACCCCUUCUUGGUCUGGCUGAAGCAUCCACCAAGAUCCACAGCAAUUUCUACCAAUGGGAAGGCUCAAUCGCUGGGGGCAACAACUCUGUUGAUUUCCCCAGCUACAUAGCACAGUACAAGGCCAUGGCUCAAUCACCUCUCAACUUAUUGUCAUACAAGCUUGAAGGUAAGCGCUUCCUUAAUUUUUUUUGCUUUUUGCUGUAUCCAAAUUGAAAAAUGGUUAAGACUACGCCAUCUUAGAAUAGUUUUCAUUAAAUUUAGUUUGUUCUAUCUGGAAAUCCAUCUGACACACAUUGCAGGGGUUCUUGCAAGAGGUGUUAAAAAGUGCAUCAACUAAUGCUUAA